CUGUCUUUGUAAAAUUGUCUGGGAUCAUAUCAUGUUGGUUAUAGUCUUACUCGACAUUUAGCGGUUUGGUGAAUCCAGUAACUGUUAGUUUACAUUAGCAAAAAGUGAUUAAAUAACGUGCAGAGCAGUGUAGCCAACAGUGAGAUGAAGUGAACCGUUGUGCGCAUGGUGUCGAAUUCAGUAACAAUUAUCGAUUUAAAUUGUCGAUGAAAGUCGCUGCUCCUUUACGAUCGGUCUGUUUCCAAAGAUUACCAUAAUGAACAGGGUGUUUUCAAAAUUGAUGAGCACCCUCGGCUACACGGUCCAAUACUAUUGCAUUGCGCAUUGUACAUUCCAGUACGUUGCAAACAUUGUAGUGUGCACCGGACCUUCGAUGGAACCCACAAUAUAUACGGACGAUAUUUUAAUUACCGAACGUCUCACGUUAAAUUAUCGAAAUUUGCAGCGAGGUGAUAUUAUUAUUGCGAGAUGUCCCAGCAGUCCUAGGGAUCAGAUUUGCAAGAGAAUCACAGGGUUACCUGGUGAUCGUAUGAUCACGGAACUCGGUCGAUCAUCGAUCGUUCCCAGAGGACACGUUUGGAUCGAGGGUGAUAAUAGAUCGAAUUCUUCUGAUUCCAGGAGCUAUGGACCUAUUCCUCAGGGUUUAAUUAAAAGCCGAGCGGUGUGCAAAGUGUGGCCACCACAAGAAAUAUGUUCAUUUACUGAAUAGUUCUGCAUUAGUAAUAUUUGUAAAAUGUAUAUGCGUAAAUAAUAAUAAUCAUAAUAAAAGGAAAGUAUAUUUA